CCCACCGCAAAACACCACACCAUCAGACAUGCAAAGUCUACCUCCUUUCCUCUUCUUCUUCUUCUUCUUCUUCCUCCUCCUCCUCUCCUCCUUUCUGUCCCCCUCCCUCUCCUCGCAUGUGUCCGACGACAUCGAGUUCUGGUGCAGCAACACGCCGCACCCGGAGCCGUGCCGAUACUACCUCGCCCGCAACCCUUACCACGGCACCCCCAAGGACAAGGACCAAUUCUAUAAGCUCUCCCUCCGGCUCGCCCUCGACCUCACCCUCCGUGCUCAGAGCCAUCUCAAGCGCCGCGGUCCCGCCUGCCGCCGCUCCCCCGAGAAGACCGCCUGGCUCGACUGCUGGAAGCUCUACGCCAACACCGUCCUCCAGCUCAACCGCACCCUCGCCCCCCCGCCCGGUGCCGGCUGCACCGCCUUCGACUCCCAGACGUGGCUCAGCGCCGCGCUCACCAACAUACAGACCUGCCCCAAGGGCUUCCGCGAGACCCGCACCUCCUCGGAGCUCAUCGGCCCGGUCGUGCGGUACAACGUUUCCGACCUCGUCAGCAACUGUCUCGCCAUCAACAGGCCCGCCGCCGCCGAUGCAUACCGCGGAAGGUUCUCCAGCUGGACGAUGUUCGGUAACCGGAGGCUCCUGCAGCUCUCGACGGCCGCGGACCUCGUGGUGGCCAAGGACGGCUCAGGCAACUUCCGAACCAUUAAGGAAGCUCUCGAUGCUGCGUCGAAGCGGAUGCAGGGCAGGAGGGGCUCCAAGUUCGUGAUACGCAUUACGGCUGGUGUGUACAACGAGUACCUGCAGGUAGUCAGCAGCUUGAGCAAUCUCGUCAUGGUCGGCGACGGCAUCGGGAAGACGAUUAUUACCGGAAGCAGGAGCGUCGCCAAUGGCUACACCACCCUUAGCUGUGCAACCUUCAGUGUGUUUGGUGAUGGAUUCGUAGCGAGCGGGAUCACGUUCAGGAACACAUUCGGUCCGGGGUCGCAAGCGGUGGCGCUGCUGUCGGCGUCGGAUCGCUCCGUCUUCUACCGGUGCAGCAUCGAGGGAUACCAGGACACGCUGUUCGUGUACACACAAAGGCAGUUCUACAGGGAGUGCGACAUAUAUGGCACCAUCGAUUUCAUCUUCGGCAACGCGGCGGCGGUGCUCCAGCGCUGCAACAUCUACGCGAGGCGGCCCCGCCACGGCGAGUCCAACGUCAUCACGGCCCAGGGCCGCAGCGACCCCAACCAGAACACCGGGAUCGUGAUCCAGUCCUCCAACAUCAAGCCGGCGACGGAGCUCCUGCCGGUGCGGCGGACGGUGAGGUCGUACCUCGGGAGGCCGUGGAUGCAGUACUCCCGCACGCUCUACCUACAGAACUACAUCGACAGCAUCAUCGACCACGCCGGAUGGCUGCCGUUCCGUGGCAGCUUCGCCCUCAGCACCUUGUACUACGCCGAGUUCGAGAACACCGGGCCGGGGGCGAGGAUGUCGAGGCGGGUAAAGUGGCCAGGCUACCACGUCAUCCGGCGGGCGUCGAUCGUGCGCCCCUUCACGGUGGGGCGGUUCAUAGCCGGCGGUUCAUGGAUUCCGUCCACCGGCGUGCCCUUCAACCCGAGCUUGUGACUCCGUAGCUCGCAUUCUUACUAGAAUAGCUUUGUCUGCAUUCACCAUCGCAACGUUUUUACUGCGUCUCAUUGUAAACCACAAGCAAUAAGCAGAAUGGAAUGUCGCCAUGAAGCGUAUGACUCGUAGAUCUUGUUUGCUGUUCUGGAAUCUAACCAUGUCGAAGUCGGUCGCCAAACGCAGUGAGAUGUGGCGUACAAGGGAUCGGUGGUUGCCGCUUCGACAUCGGAGUGAGUGAUCCAAAAGGUAGGAAUCGGAAGAGUGUGUGACUAA